AUGUAUGAAUAUAGUAACACACGCCAUCCCAACAUUAAGUUUACAAUGGAAGCAGAGAUAAUUAUGGACAUUAUGGUCAGUUGCCGUUUUUGGAUGUAUUGUUAGUAAACAAAAUAGUGGUGGUAAUCUAUGCCCCUGUAUUACUUCUGUUUUUCGGAAAAAGACUUACACUGGUUUACUAACUAAUUAUUUUAGUUUUACUCCCUUUCAAUACAAAUUGGGGUUAAUUAAAACUCUCAUAAACGGAGCCUACAAAAUUAACAAGAUUACCUAG